CGAGCAGUGAUUUUUGGUGUGCUUUUGAAGGUUUGCAGUGCUCGAAGGAGAGCAAAGGUGAAAUUCAAUUUUUAGUGGACUGAUUUUGGCCCAUCAGUCCCUGGUGAGGAUGAUUUGGGAAAUGAAACUUUACCGGGCGUUGUUCCUCACAGUAUUGACUGGUUUAGCUUUUUUUGAUCGCUUGAUUUGCCAGACACAAGAUUCGCCGCUUCUUCACGACACAGUGAAUAUAGACUCACAACCAUCCUUCGGUACAGUGGAAUUCAUCAAAAUCGAUAAAAACUCCGGCAAAAUACCUCUGCUCAGUUUUCAUUUUUCUCAACGGAAAGUCAUCGACAAUUCUAUGAAGGUGUCUAUUACAGUAUUCAUGAAGAUGACGGAAAAUCAGAAAGAUUACACAAAACUUCUACAAACGCAAGGUCCGGCUUGUGAUCUGUGUAAAAAAUCCCUUACUAUGAAGUCGUUCGGAAGGUUUGGAAAUCUCACAGGGGAAUGCCCCAAAAGCCCUGGUGAAUACUACGUGACGAACCACUACUUUGCGCAGACGGAUUUUCCGCCGAUCCCGGGGCGUCGCAUCAAAGUGACGGUGAGGAUCUUCCGACCGGAGACCGAGAACGAUGCGCUCCAGUUCACCUGGACCGGGAAAGUGAGCCCGAAACAAGGCUCCAUCCUCAAAGUUCUCAAUAGACCGGCUGGCUUUUAAGAUUGUCAAUAUUUGUAUUGUAUUUUGCAAAAACUAACCAGGAGCAUUGCAAUGGUGCUAAGCUUGUGCAACUUCAUCCUUGCAGUGAAAUUACUGAAACCAUGAAAAAAUAUGAAAUAUACAUGAUACUUUUUGUUUCAAAUUUACAGUUUUCAGCGAGCAUGGAUAGUCAGGUUUUUCUUCCAAGACGAAAGAAGUUGCACAAUUUUAGCAACAUUGCAAUGCUCCUGGCUCCUUUUUGUAAAAUGCAAUCAAUUUGUUAGAUAGAGCAAGAUACAGCAAGAAUGUGAAACACUUUAGAUACAGCAACAACUCCGAACUUUGCAGAAGAAUCUGUACCAUCGUUUUCUGGUGAAAAAAUUAAAAUAAACUGUCUAAUGUUUUGCAAUAUUUUGUUCCUCGCUUAUUCCUCCCAGUUUUCCUUCAAUAUCCCAGUUAGGCAAUUUGACUUACUUGAUAGCUAUAAUAGACGCUUGCAGCAAUUCAAUUCAACUACUUUCAUUAGUUUUAAUCAUAGCUUUAGUCCUUGGAUACUCCUCUCCCAAGAAUUUGAAAAAUGUCAGAUACAGCAACAACUCCGAACUUUUCAGAAGAAUCUGUACCAUCGUUUUCUGGUGAAAAAAUUAAAAUAAACUGUCUAAUGUUUUGCAGUA